GGCGUGUCCGCAGCGCGCGUGGCUGUGAUGGUUGUCUUCCUUAUGAUUUAAGAGACAGCGCUUCGCAUUUAAAACAGUGAACAAUAACAAUAACAAUGAUGGAGACUAAAACCACUGAAGGCUUGAUGUCCUAUCAGUGUGAAUUAGUGAAGGAUGAACUUGAAAAGCUGUCACCUGAAGAUGAAAAAGCAGGUGAAUCACACACACAGAGCUCUACGACUCAAGCUGAACUGCAGCGCCGUGAAGUCGUACCUGAUCUGGGUGAAAAAGGGAUGAUUACGCAAAUGGAGACAGGAGUGUCCGUGUGUGGGACCGUGGAGAUGGACUCUGUGGGCCAUGGAGCUGUUUUUGAGACGUGUACAGCAAAGAGCACUCCAAGCCCGAGUGGGGCUAUGGAGACGUGCGUGUCUGAACAGGACGGAGAUCAGCACCCUGUAGAGAAAGAUUCUACAGGGCGUGAAGUCGUACCCGAGUCCAGAACAGCAGAGAUCACCCCAAAGGCGAAGGAGGAGAUGGAGUCGAGUGUGUGUGAACAGAACGGAGAUCAGCACUCUGACGCUGAGAAGAACACUGUAGAGAAGGACGUAGUGAGUCCUCUACUUGUGGGAGGAGGAUCUCUGGCUCUGCUGAGCGCACAGUAUAGAGACGAGAGCUCAGACGACCUCUCGGAGAGUGACUCGGACUCCUCUUCAUCUACAUCGUCCUCAUCCUCGUCUUCUUCAUUUGAGCCCGUUAUCGUAAAAAAAGUAUGUGAGCAGGAUGAAGAGGAAGAGGCUGCUGCUCCUGGGAAAAAAACUGCAACAUUAAGAACUCAAGAUGAGCUGCUUAUUGAGGACCUUCCUGCAGUGGAGAAUCUGACCAUUGGCCUUCCUGAAGACACUGACAUGGAGCCAGUUGGAAUCAUCUCAAGCAUUGUGGAUCAACUCGUUAUUGUUGAGUCUAAAAGAGACACUCAACCCCUGAACGAAGACAGCAUCUUAUUCAGCAAGGGCCGGGUGUCUAUCGGCAGGGUGUUUGAAGUCUUUGGUCCCGUGUGUCAGCCGUAUUACAUCCUGAGAUUCAACUCUCUAGAGGACAUACAACAGAGGGACCUCAAAAUAAGGGAUCCGGUUUACUUUGCCCCAAAAAUCAAAGAUUUCACAGAGUACAUCUUUGUAGAAAAGAUCAAGCUAGCUAAAGGAUCUGAUGCUUCUUGGAAAAACGAUCAAGAGCCUCCACCAGAGGCCCUGGAUUUUAGCGAUGAUGAAGAGGAGAGGAUGGCUAAGCAGAAACUGAAGGCACAGAGGAGACCACAGCAGCAGAAACCUGAAGAGUCUGAUUCAGACAGUGAAUCCUCUGCCAGCCGACCUCCACCUCCCCCAAGGAGAAAACCCCGGCAGAACAGGAACCCACAACGUGGCCGGCCUGCUCAUCAAGAGCACCACGGUGGCUUCCAUGCUAACUACCACACCAAUCCACACUUUCAGCAGGACUUCAUACACCACCCUCCGGUCAUGCACCACCCUCCUGACCCGUACAGACCUCCCUUUCAAGGCCGCGGUUACCCUCCUCCCUACCCCCAACCCCCACCUCCUCACAUGGGUAUAAACCUCUGGCAUCCCUGCCCUUACCCAGGACCCAUGUUCUACCCUCCACCACCUCCACCUCCUCCACCGGCACCUCCAUCAAUCUAACAGUAUUAUCUCAGACCUGGAUUGACUGAUCCAAAGCUGAGGUGGAAAAUCAAUCAAGGUUUAAAAGAAACUUCAUUAAAGGUGUCAUGGUAGAAUAUGGAUGUGUAUAGAAGAAAUGAAUGGAACAUAUACAUCGAGAUGUAUUUUUGUAAGAGUUUUGGGUGCGUAUCAGUGCACACCGUCCACAAAAAUAACGGUACCAGUCCGUACUUUUCCUUGCUGCUAUAGAUGUAACUGAAUAUGACUUCAUUGUAAAUAGAUACAAAAUAGAAGGCAUGCUGUUUGGUUUAGACUAAAGGAGUGGUACAGAAUAGAGGUGUGUUUCGGGAGUGGAAAACCACGGGAAGUAAGGAAAAACAAAUAUUAAAAAGGAUCAGGAUACAACUAUGUUGGCGUUAAAUCUAAAUACAUAUACUGUACAUUCAGAGCUCUAAAAAUAUUACUUUUUUUGUUUUUUACACUUCUGCACCUUUUAGUCUAUAUCUUUCCUCUGGAAACAUAAAUAUAGAGUAAUAAAUACAUAUUACUAUAAUGUUAGAUAUGUAAUUGAACAUUGGACCAUAUAAAGACAAAUGAUUGUACCUUUAAUUGUUUUACUCUAAAAGCUAAUUAAAGACGCAGCACAUGCCCAUUAGUACAAAAGAUCUCACUCCAGCAACAAGGAAAAGUACUGAUAAAUCAGACCUUCUCAGCUUUUUUUAUGAAAUAAAAUAAUAAGGCCUCA